GAAAACAAUCAGGCAACCCGGAGGAAGGCCCCCGUGUGGCUUGUUGCCAGGAUGCCACAGCCCGGGUAUAAAGGCUGCCUGGGGAAGGAGCCUCCAGACCAGCCCCGUCCUCCACCCUGACUCCACUCCAGCCCCACGCCGCCAUGUGCCAGUCCAGCUGCUCCACGGGCUGCCAGCAGGCCUGCUGCGUGCCCAGCUCCUGCCAGACGUCCUGCUAUGUGCUCAGCCCCUGCCAGACGUCCUGCUGCGUGCCCAGCUCCUGCCAGACGUCCUGCUGCGUGCCCGUGAGCUGCAAGCCAGCCGUGUGUGUGCCCAUGAGCUGCAAACCAGCCGUGUGCGUGCCCAUGAGCUGCAAACCAGCCGUGUGCAUGCCGGUGAGCUGUAAGCCAGCUGUGUGCAUGCCUGUGAGCUGUAAGCCCAUUGUGUAUGUGGCUCCCUCCUGCCAGUCCUCUGGGGACUGCCAGCCCUCCUGCCCCACCCUGCUCUGUAGGCCUGUCCCCUGCGGCACCCCUACGUGCUGCUGAGCUCAUGGCCUCCUAGGACCCCUCCUCCGUGCUGUCAGAAGUAGCUGCUCUCCCAACUCCUACCAGGCAGCCCAGAUAUCACCCACUUCAGACCUUCCGGACCCAACUAGACCAUCUUACAGCAAAGUCACUUGAUCCCCGGUACCCAGGUGGAGAGUCGCCCCCAGUGUCUCUGGCUGGUGUGGAGUGCCCAGCU